AUGGCUCCUAUAUCCCAACCCAGCGUCCCCAUAAACGCCCGGGUGGGGGUGCCCAUCCGAUCAGAAUCCCCUCCGGGCCUGCCUGACCUCAACGAGCUGGACCGCCUGAGCCCGAGUGCCCCGGGGUCGCCCUCAGAGUUGCAGGCCAACUCGUCGGACACCAAUCACUACCCUGAGGACCCAGCCGAGCAUGACGCAAUGGAGCGUGCACUGCGCCCCUUUGCCCGGCCGCCAGCUAAGUCCCCACAGCAGUCAAUCUCCAUGGCCAGCACCGAAAUUGACCCAGUUUACCGCUGGGGCCCGGGGACCGUCUGCAAAUAG